AAUGAUUGAAACUGCAGUGUUAAAUUACUAUUAAUUAUGUGUUCUGUAUAAUGUGUUUAUUAUUUAAGUACCAACUUCAUCUUUAUUUGUAUAUUUGUUUAUAUGAACUGUGUCUAUAUAUUGCUCCUUAAAACACCUUGACCAUGCCAUCUCACAGAAGUCCAACCAGGUCUAGCAAAUCUAGCAAGAGCCGCAAAUCGCCGGAUCGUUCUAAAAAGCAUAAACAUUACCGCAGUCAUAAUGAUCACGAAGAGCACGACCAUCACCAUCACGAUCAUACUCAUCACCAUUCAAAUGAUUCACAUAGACAUCAUGAUAGGUCCAGGGAUAAGUUAUCAGUGAGUAGUAGAAAGACUGAAAGUUUAUCAAGAAAACGUCACUAUUCGCCUGAUGAAGAAAGUCCAGAUAGGAAAGACGAUAAUAAAAAAUCUAAAGUACGACCAAAGGAGGAAAAGGAUGAAGAAUAUAUUAGUAGGAAAAGUGACCAACGUAGAGAAUCUCCUAAAGUCAAAGAAGAGUCUCAGAAAUCUGAACCUAAAGGCCUUGCUGAUUUACUUCCAGAUGAGGAUGCUGCCAAUUGGGUUUUAAAAAGUAGAAAAAUAGAAGAAGAAAGACGCAAGAUUGAAAAAAUGAAAGCUGAACGGAAAGCCCGAAUAUUAGAUGAAAUGGACGAUGAAAUUGUUAGCCAAGUUGCUGGACCUAGCAAAUCAAAUAUCAAUCAGCUUUACACAGAAGAAGAUUUAAAAGGACUCAAAGUUGCCCACUCUGAGAAAUAUCUCAAAGAAGGCCAUCAAAUAAUAAUGACUCUUAAGGACAAAGACGUUUUGGAUGAAAACGAAGAUGUUCUGGAGAAUGUAAAUAUCGUUGAUCUCGAGAAAGCUGAGAAAAAUAUGGACAACAAAUUGAAGAAAAAUGAAUAUCGCCCAUACGAUGAACCAGAGUUUGAUGAAUUUGGUAUUCUUAAGAAGAAAAAUUUACUAGCUAAAUAUGAUGAAGAGAUUGAUGGGAUGAAAAAGGAUUCUUUCCAAAUUGGUUCUUCUUCUGUUGAUCGAGAGAAGGAAGCUGAAUUAAUUCGAGAAAUGUUGAGACAACAAGCUGGAAAAAUAUCAUUGGAAACACCACAGUUUAAAGUAGCCUCAGAAUAUUACACCGAAGAGGAAAUGACAAAAUUUAAAAAACCAAAGAAAAUUCGUGCCAAGAAAAAGGGGAAAAGAUUUUCUGAGGAGGUAAUUGUUGAAAGUACAAAUUCUGAUCAUGGUUCUAGAAAGAAUAGAAACUCGCAAAAUGUAGAAGAAGUACCUUCAACAAGUUCAUCUGUAGAUAAAAAACUGAUUGAAAAACGAAUUAAGGUCCAAAUGGAUGAUGAUUUGCUUCAAUCAGACUCUGAAAUACCGGAUAUUGAUCUAUCCGAAAUUGUUCUGGAAGAACAAGAAGCUGAAGAAGAAUUCCGUAAAUCACUGGAAAAGGCUAAAAAGUUGAAAGAGAAAGAAAAGGAGAAGAAGGAAGAAGAGGAAAGAAUUGCUAAACUUAUUGCUGAGCGUGAAGCUUCCAUAAAGAAAGAACAAGAAGAUGAUUACUCGGACAUCGCUAGUACUUCGCAAGGUCGAUCAACAAUUGUGUUGAAUGCUACAGCAGAGUUUUGUCGUAAUUUAGGUGAUAUUUCAACUAUUAAGGAAGAAUACGAGGAUGAAGACGAACUUAUGGACUUCGAGAAAGAUUUGUUAGAUGAUAAGAGAUCUAAUGAAAUUCUCGAGGAAAAAUCCCCAGAACAACCUAUCAGAGGAACAUGGAAUGAAGUUGAUAUGGAAGCUUCUGUGGCAUCCUUUGAUUCUGUGGAGAUAGCUGAUCCAUCUCAACCAAUUUUAGAGGAAGAGCCCGAUGUUAGUCACGGAGUGGCCGCUGCACUUAAAGUUGCCAUGAAAAAAGGUUAUCUUGAUAAAGAACCACGUAAACCAACUUCUGGUUCUAGGCACUCAAGUCUUCAAGCUCAAAAUUAUACCAUAGAAGAAAAAUUUUAUGACGAAGAAAAAUUAGGCCGUCGAGGAGAUAGAUAUAAUGGACCACUAUCUGACUUCAAGGAAAAAGAUAGUUACAAGCCUGAUGUUAAAUUAGAUUACGUUGAUGAAAAGGGUCGACUAUUAAAUCAAAAGGAAGCUUUCAGAGUACUUUCCCACAAAUUCCAUGGUAAAGGUCCUGGUAAAAAUAAGAUUGACAAGAGAAUGAAAAAACUAGACCAAGAAGGGAAAUUACGCCAGAUGCACUCAACCGAUACACCUUUAGGAACCUUGAAAUUGUUACAAGAUAAACAGAAAGAAUUACAUACUCCUUAUGUAGUACUGAGUGGAGCAUCAACAUCUUUAACGAAGAAAUGAUUUUCAUAUAACUAUCCUUUAAAAUGGCCAUUGGGCAUUUUUCAAGAAUAAAAGUGUAAAAUUUGAAUGUAACAAUAUCUUAUCACUCAUUAAUUUUUGAUUUUUGAACUAAGUCUCUGAAAAUAAUAAAAUUUCUAAAUUAAACA